AUGCAGGACCCCGCGUUGCUAGUCAGCAAAGAAAAGAUUGGUGAUGUGGUCUUCUCGGGCACGAUGUACGUGGACAGCGACGAGGCUACAGGAGAGGAUAUGUGUAUUGGUCUCGUGUUCGGGUACCAGAACACCAAGAAGUUUUAUGUAGUGCAAUGGUGGAAGACUUUUCGUCAGAAGGAAGAUGAUGAGGAAUGGAUAAGCAACCUUGGUGGGUUGGUCAUCAAGACAGUUUUGGCUAGCACAAACGAUGACAAAUUCAACAGCGCCCUCUGGUACCUCGGAGGUUACAACGACUAUACAACAAGAGUAUGGCAAGAUCUGGAUCUGAAGCCUUGGGAAUACAAGACGCCAUAUAGAUGGAAGCUCGUACACCGUCCGUCCAUUGGCAAAUUCAGACUCCAGGUGUUCACGGUUGACGGUCUGUUUGUUGAUUCCGGUGAUAUAUACCACAUUCAAUAUUCCGGGGGUCGUGUAGGCGUAUUCUCGUACGGCCAGAGUGGAUGCUUGUGGUCCAACAUGCAAUAUGACUGUCUCGGCAGGCUCAACCAAGCCCUCGAGCUCGACGGACAGAACUCAUAUAUUCACGUUGGAGAUGUUGAAUCACUGGAGAUCACCGGACACUUCUACAUUGAAAUGUGGUGUCGCGUAGUUCCAGUAUCUAGAGAUGAAAUUUUUCCGAUAUUGAGUGCAUCCGAUGGGUCCAUGGCAUUGUACAUUAAAAACUGGACACUCUUUGCUGAUUACCUGGACGCAUCCAUUAGCCUGAGAGGGGUGUGGAAUGGUAGUUGGACGCACGUAGCCAUCAGGGCUUAUAUUGGAUAUGAUCUGACAAUUUUAAUCAAUGGCAAAGAAUCAGCGAAAGCGCCUUUAAUAAUUCAUAACGAAUGGACAUUGAACACGCAUCUUUACCUAGGGAAGGGAGCUGGAGGAGAACUCUUCAGAGGAAUGAUUGAUGAGCUUAAGAUAUAUCGCUACCCAUUUGCUGAUGCUACCAACUUGGAAACACUUUUUACGGAGUACAACUUUUACAGCAAAAGUGGAUACAUUGUUCUCUACUACUCAAUGGACGAGGAGCUAAACGGUAAAUGUUCGUGUCAAGUCUUCUUCUAUAAGGGAGUCAUCGGAAGUGUGACCUUUGCUCCCAGCGUAGUGGAUGGACGACGGUUCAAACACUCCUACCCUAGAAACAAAAAACGGCGACGUAAACGAAGCAUUGAUGACCAUGUCAAUGAAGACAUGCAUGAUGAAUUGUGA